AUGGAAAAGAAGUAUGGUUACGGCGGAUGGACAAAACUAGUUCAUCAUGAAGAGGGUAGGGCCAAGAUGCUUCUGGAUGGGAAAGAUUUCCGUGAGAUAAAGUGUAAUUGUUGGUCUGCUAGUGAAAGAAUACAAGAAUGUGAUGCAGAUGGAGUAGACGUUCAACCCCAACAUACUCUCGAAUUGGCGCGCUAUCUUAACGAUCAUAUUGCCCAAGUAUGCUCCGAAAAUCCCAAAAGAUUUGUUGGACUUGCCACAGUCCCUAUGCAAUCACCAGACUUGGCCGUACAAGAGCUGAAGAGAUGCAUGAACGAGCUUGGUCUUCGUGGUGUACAAAUAGGAAGUCACGUCAAUGAAUGGAAUUUGGACGCGCCCGAAUUGAAUCCAUUUUGGGAGGCUUGCGAAAAGCUUGAUGCUGCGGUAUUUGUUCAUCCAUGGGUACGUGUUUAG